UCAUUAUUGUGUAAACAUUUGACAUUAUGGGAUGUGGACAUGCCACUCGGAAUACCUAGCUGCAAUGAAGACAUGUGGUGCCUCAGUGUAUUAUUCUUAUUGUCGUGUAUACGAUAUACAAGUUGCUUCCAAUUGGCAUGUGAAUCACAACUAGAUAGCUCAGCCCUUAAAGUCAAAUGCAAAGCCACAAAGUACGAAAAAGAAAACUGCAGAGACAAUGUUUUGUCAACUAAAUAUCGAGAUCUAUAUGGACAAAAAUAUUGGGCAGCAAAACCACAUGACUUGCAGUUAAUACCAAUACAAGAAGAGUACUUAAAUACAACCCUAUUCUAUCCUGGAUUUCUAGUAGUAGUUCAACCUCCUAGAACAGGUAUACAAAAUGUCAGAGGAUUCCACUUAAACUACGAAGAUUUGGACACAAACCUGAGAAAAUGUAUCAUUAUUGUAAUAGACAAUGCUAUCUUAGACCACACUCAUAGGGAUAAUAAUUUGAAAUUUAAAAUCAAAUUAUGGCCUCUGAAUGGAGAUAAAGAUUUUCUCAUUACAUCAUGGACUCUACCAAAACCACCUGAGAGCGAACUUGAUACAAGUCUGAUAAGAAAUGGUAGAACUGGAAAAUGGAAAUGGGGUUUGACGAACGCAUCAUCGGACUGGAUAACAACCAUUUCUUACUUCAAUAAUAUCGAUGAUAUGUACAUAAGGAUAUGGUUUGUUGCCGCUCCUGUGGAAUACAAAUUCUCACAGUAUAUUGUGUCGUUAGAAAAAAUCAAGUCAGUGGAAGAAACAGAUUUCGAAGAUAGAAACGUUACAGAAGAGAGCAGGGUAUCCCAGGUACACUACACUUUUCUAAAUGUUAAACCUGGACGAUACAGGAUUUUGGUUCAGCCAUUUGAUGACAACUGUACUUGUAAAUCCAAAAGAAACUAUUGUGGACAGUGUAUACGGACAAGAACUUCUGUUAUUAUUGUGCCGACGACAGGUGACAUGCCUUUAACAAGAAGAAUUGAGAGACUACAACGAACUUCACCAGACCCAAUUCGAGCAGUUUUAAGCCCUGAUAUGAGUAAAACACCUAAUCAGCAUAUUUUACCAAGUGUUCUCGGGUUUAUUACGUUCCUCUUAGCAAUAAUUGUAAUCGUUGGAAGUUACAAAUUCUAUAAAGAAAACAGAAAUUCCAACAUUGAUGUAAAUGUCAAUAAUACAGAUGUUAAAGGUAAAGAUAAAGCCUUAAAUAAAAGGUCAAAGAUAGUUGCUGUUGUAUCGGCAGAUGAUGACGAUCGACAUAACACAUUGGUGAAGUCUUUCGUAAUGUUCCUUCAAGAAUCUUGUAAACUCAAUGUUUUUUUCUUUCCCUGGUCCCAGACUAAGAAUAAAAAUAUCUGGAUCGACAAUACCGUUAAUAAAUCAGAUCAUAUUGUAUUCAUUUUAUCAAAGUCUUCAGUUUAUCAGUAUUCACAGUGGGUAGAGUCGGCAUAUAAACAACAUUGUGACAGUGUUUUUAUGAAAUGCAUUGAAACUGUAUUAAAUAGUUCAAUUGGUGAUUCUGACAUAUCAAAAAGGACCAUUCUUGUCCAGUUUGGGCAUAGUACAAAUAUGCAGGUUCCUUUUGAUCUUUGCAACAAACAUCAGUAUCUGCUAGUAAAGCAGUUUUAUGGAUUUUUGUGUCAUAUAAAUGAUUUUCAUCCAUGGGAAGACGAUUUUAACCAGUUUUGCAACCAACCUGAUAUUGAUAUUCUAACGUCUAAAGAGGGUAGGGACUUUAUGAAGGCAUUUAACGAAGCCAUGGAAUAUAAUCCUGAUACUGCAUUGACAACAAAGGAGUCAUGGCUAAAAUCAAUUUAUCCAGAGAUAGAAUGUAUUGAUGCGCGACAUUUUUGGACAGGUUUUAACGAAGAAAUAGAGUUUAAUUUACAUACUGUCUCUGACAGUGGGUUGGCUCCAAGUGAGCCAUAUAUAGAUUUUAUACCGCCAAGCAUACAAGACGAAAGCUAUGACAUCGAUAGCAUUGACCAACAAGCAGCGAUAAAACAUUUCAAUAAACAAAAUUCAGCAUACUAUUGUGACAAUGAUAUUUUUAUUGACUCUUGCGUACCUGAACAUUGUACCCAUGCUGUUUACCAUAUGAUCGGCAGUCAAUGUUGAGGAUAUAUACGAUUGAAUUGUAACAUAACUUAGUGUGUUUCUUGUGGAACCUAUGUUUUUACAUCUUCGCUAGGCAAGGGUUACGAUCCAAUCCCCUCCUCUCAAUUCUUGGCAGAUUGAGCCAACAUUUGUGAUAACAAUGUGGCGUCAUCUAACGGUCGAUAAAAUUCACACCCAUUCCGGAAUACAUUAUUCUUGACCAAUGGUACCACUCAACUCUCUUCAGUGUGGAGUUGAUAACAGGGUUGGAUAUAGAGACUGUACAUUUGGCGAAGCAUUAAACAAGAAAUGAAAGGAGUGGAGCGGAUCGUAACCUUUCUCUCAUCAUGAAAUAUCAUAACCAUGUUCAAGUUUUCUUAUGUUUUUCAUUUAUAAAAUGAACGUAACAGUGAGCGACUGGAUUGAAUGUGAAACAAUCAUGUGCGAUUUUACAAAACAUUAGGAUUUUCGGCAAUUUGUAGAUAAAGGUUACUUGUGUAUCGACAUAAAAUUGAGAAUGGAAAUGGGGAAUGUGUCAAAGAGAUAACAACCCGACCAAAUAAAAAAAACAACAGCAGAAGGUCACCAACAGGUCUUCAAUGUAGCGAGAAAUUCCCGCACCCGGAGGCGUCCUUCAGCUGGCCCCUAAACAAAUAUAUACUAGUUCAGUGAUAAUGAACGCCAUACUUAUUUCCAAAUUGUACACAAGAAACUAAAAUUAAAAUAAUACAAGUCUAACAAAGGCCAGAGCAUGAUUUGUGAUUAUGCAAAAUCUGAUUGCUAAAACAGAGAGUAUAAACCCGAUACUCUAUGGGAUUGAAAUACAUUUUUUAGGUUUGAAUUGUUUUAACCAAUCAACGAACUUUUUUUAUUCACGUCUCUGUUAUAUCUUCCAAUUAAGUAGUAAGAAUCAUUCCGCCCGCAGAUUGUACAUCGUUCAAUUCUUAAUAAUGUCUCAACGGAGACGUUAACAAUGUAUUUUGAUUUGUAUUAAUAAAUGUCUCAUUAUGUUUUGAUUGGCGAACUUUUCUCUAUAUGGUUUUGUUCCAGUUAUAAUCUAAUUCUAAAGCCUUCUAUUCUAUUUUUAAGUUAAGAAAAUACA